GCAAACUCGACUGGACAGACCGCAGGCUCUGUCUAUUUUUAGUUCUUUACUCUACUGUCUAACUGAUUAUUAGAUAUAUAGCAAAUGCUUCACUUCUCAGGAAAUCUACGUUGCGGUAUUAGUAUGUAUUAUAGAUUUGUUCCAGUAACACAAGACUUGUAGCGGAAACAAGGAAAGGAGGACAGAUGAGAAGAGGCUCGUCGCGUUGCCGAACUGAAGACUAAGUCUUGGUUAAGUUAAGAAAGACUCUGAUUCACCUGAUCAGCUCCUGUCCAGCGGUCUUAGAUGGAGGGUCUUGUCUCAGAAAUAAGGCCUUCUGGAGACUGUAAGGAGUGGGUCACUGCAUCAGAAAUGAGUUUUAAAAGUGUCCCAGAGGAGAGAUCAGUGUCACCUGUACCGAGCUGUAUAUCCAUGAAGAGUGACAAGUCAAUGCCUGAACCAAUCUACUUUAAGGAUGGACAGUCUUCUGCAGGUGUAAGUGUCCAACAGGUGAGAUCAGGGUCACCUGUACCGAGCUGUAUAUCCAUGAAGAGUGACAAGUCAAUGCCUGAACCAAUCUCCUUUAAAAAUGGACAGUCUUCUGUAGGUCAAAGUGUCCAACAGGUGAGAUCAGGGUCACCUGUACCGAGCUGUAUAUCCAUGAAGAGUGACAAGUCAAUGCCUGAACCAAUCUACUUUAAGUAUGGACAGUCUUCAGCAGGUCAAAGUGUCCAGCAGGAGAGAUCAGUUUCACCUGUACCUACCUGUAUAUCCAUGAAGAGUGACAAGUCAAUGCCUGAACCAAUCUACUUUAAGUAUGGACAGUCUUCAGCAGGUCAAAGUGUCCAACAGGAGCGACCAGUGUCACCUGUACCCAGCUGUGUAUCGAUAAAGAGUGACAAGUCAAUGCCUGAACCAAUCUCCUUUAAGGAUGGACAGUCUUCUGUAGGUCAAAGUGUCCAACAGGUGAGAUCAGGGUCACCUGUACCGAGCUGUAUAUCCAUGAAGAGUGACAAGUCGAUGCCUGAACCAAUCUACUUUAAGGAUCAACAGUAUUCAGCAGGUCAAAGUGUCCAGCAGGAGAGAUCAGUUUCACCUGUACCUACCUGUAUAUCCAUGAAGAGUGACAAGUCAAUGCCUGAACCAAUCUACUUUGGCGGGCAGUCUUUUGCAGUUCAAAGUGUCCAGGAGAAGAGCGUAAUCUCACCCAUACCCAGCUGUAGCUUUAUGAAGAGUAUCAGGUCACCUUGUCAUGAAGGGUUGCAGCAGUCCGGAUCCCACGCCAAAAUUACUGCACACAAGGCUAAAGUGCACACCCUAGACAGGAUGCCAGUCUUAUCACAGGUUGAACUCCUGAUGGCAUGUCAGCAGAAACUGAAAUCCCAUCUGAAGAAGAAGUUUCAGUGUGUAUUUGAAGGACAAGCUAAGUAUGGAAACCCAGCCCUUCUGAAUGAUAUUUACACAGAGCUCUACAUAACUGAAGGUGGUACUGGUGGGAUCAGUGAUGAACAUGAAGUGAGACACAUUGAGAGAGCAUUCAAUAAACCAGCUAUACAAGAAACUGCAAUAAAAUACAGUGAUAUUUUUACAACCUUACAUGGAAAAGUUACUCAAAUAAAAACUGUGCUGACGCAGGGUAUUGCAGGCAUUGGGAAAACAGUGACUGUUCAGAAAUUCAUUCUUGACUGGGAAGAAGGAAAAGAAAAUCAAGGCGUUAAUUUUAUAUUUCCCCUUGCUUUCCGGGACCUCAAUUUGAUAAAGGAUAAAGAAUUCAGUUUAACACAACUGAUUCAUUACUUUCUUCCAGAACUCAAAGAGUUUGGAAUCACUCAUCUUUUGAAUUCCAAAGUUUUGUUUAUCUUUGAUGGUCUGGAUGAGUGUCGCCUUCCUCUAGAUUUUAAGAACAAUGAGAUCUGUUCUGAUGUGACAAAGACAACUUCACUGGAUAUGUUGUUGACCAACCUCAUGAAGGGGAAUCUGUUUCCUCCUGCUCUCAUCUGGAUAACUUCCCGACCAGCAGCCGCCAGUCAGAUCCCUCCUGAGUGUGUCGAUCGAGUGACAGAGAUACGAGGGUUCAAUGACCCUCAGAAGGAUGAAUACUUCACAAAGAGAUUCAGUGAUGAGGACCUGGCCAAGAGGAUCAUCACACAUGUGAAGUCAUCAAGGAGCCUGUACAUCAUGUGUCACAUUCCAGUCUUCUGUUGGAUUUCAGCCACUGUUCUUGAGAGGCUUUUUGUUGAGGAACACAGUGGAGAAAUUCCCAAGACUCUCACUGAGAUGUACACACACUUUCUGAUAUUUCAGACCAGUCUGAAGAAUGAGAAGUAUCUGAAAAAACGAGAAACAGAGCCUCUGAAAUCUUUAGAACUGGAUAAGGAAUUUGUUCUGAAACUGGGGAAGUUGGCUUUCAACAACCUUGAAACAGGACAUCUCAUAUUUUAUGAGGAAGACCUGAAGGAGAUUGGCAUUGAUGUCAGUGAAGCUUCGGUUUAUUCUGGAAUUUGUACAGAAGUGUUUAGACAGGAGAUUGGGUUGUAUGAGGGGAAAGUUUACUGCUUUGUACAUCUGAGUGUUCAGGAGUACCUUGCUGCUUUACACAAGUUUCUCUCAAAUACUGAUACUGGCUUGCUGGAAAAAACAGUAAAUGAGGCAAUAUGCAGCAAGAAUGGACACUUAGACCUCUAUCUUCGUUUCCUUCUUGGCCUUUCAGUGGAAUACAGCCAACAGCUUUUAAAAGGUCUACCUUUACAAAGAAUUUCUUGUGAUAUUGCAGAAAUAAAACAAUAUAUCUAUAAGAAGAUCCAUGAGAAUUUUUCUCCAGAGAAGAGCAUUUAUCUUUUUCACUGUCUGAAUGAACUGAACGACAGUUCUGUGGUGAAACGAAUCCAAAAUUACCUGAACUCACAAAAUCUUACAGAAAAGGAAAUAAGUCCCUCCGAGUGGUCAGCUCUGGCCUUUGUGUUGUUGAUGUCAGCAGAGGAAUUGGAAGUGUUGGAGCUGAGAAACUGCAUGUUACGUGACGAAGGUCUUCAGAGGAUGCUGCCAGUGGUCCAAGUCUCCAGAACUGCUCUGUUGAGCUUUUGUUUUCUCACUGAAAGAUGCUGUGAAGCUUUGGCCUCAACUCUGAGUUCAGACUCGAACCUGAGGGUGUUAGACCUGAGUAACAAUGACCUACAGGACUCAGGAGUGAAACUGCUCUCUGCUGGACUGGGGAACCAACAGUGUAAACUGGACACACUGAGAUUGUCUACCUGUAGGCUGACAGAAGGUGGCUGUGCUUCUCUGGCUUCAGCUUUGUGUUCGAACCCUUCACAUUUGAUAGAGCUGGAUCUGAGCUGUAAUCACCCAGGGGACUCAGGUGUGAAGCUGCUUUCUGACCUACUGCAGGAUCCCACCUGUAAACUGGAGACGCUUAGGCUGAAGAUGUGUGGACUCACAGAGAGAUGCUGUAAAGCUCUGGCCUCAGUUCUUACAUCAAGCUCUUUACUUCUGAGAGAGCUGGACUUGAGUGACAAUGACCUGCAGGAUUCAGGAGUGGAACUGCUCUCUCCUGGACUGGGGAACAAAUACUGUAAACUGGACAUACUGAGGUCAGUACUUGGGAACAGACACUGUAAAUAAGGUUUCUUCAGUGGGAAUACAGUGUUUUUGUUUUCUCUCUACAGACUGUCUGGAUGUUG